AAACAAACAGUUUAAUGUUUAUUUUAUUUGAGGUUUAUUCAAUGUUUCCCUCGAUAUUAAAACGUAGUCUAAAUAUAAAAAGAAUUCAUGCUGUUAGAUUUUUAGUUCCACCUCCAAGAAGAUGGAUACAUUUAACUUCAGUGUAAAUAUUACCUAUGUGGAUAAAGAUGGAAAGAAAACUAAAGUCAGAGGUAAAGUCGGAGAUAAUGCCAUGUAUCUAGCCCAUAGGCAUGGAAUAGAAAUGGAAGGUGCUUGUGAAGCAUCAUUAGCAUGUACAACAUGUCAUGUGUAUGUCCAAAGUGAAUACUUUGAUAAACUUCCUCCUUCAGAAGAAAAGGAGGAUGACUUGUUAGACAUGGCCCCUUUCCUUAAAGAAAAUUCUAGAUUAGGAUGUCAAAUUACUCUCACCAAAGACUUGGAAGGAAUGGAAUUAAGGUUACCUAAAGCCACAAGGAAUUUCUAUGUAGAUGGACACAAACCAACACCUCACUGAAAGGGCUUAUGUGCAAGUUAAGAGCUCAUGAUUAAAAAGUCAC